GGCAGACAGCCCAGCAUGUCCCGUGCGCCCCGGGGUCAGCGGCUUGGAGGCUCCAGGAUGUCCCAGAAGAAGAUCCAGGCGGGUUCUGUGGUGGAGAUGCAGGGAGACGAAAUGACCCGGGUCAUCUGGGAACUCAUUAAGGACAAACUAAUUUUCCCCUACCUGGAGCUUGACCUGCACAGCUACGACCUGGGAAUGGAGAACAGAGAUGCAACAGAUGAUCAGGUGACCAUUGAGGCAGCUGAGGCAGUCCGCCGUUACAACGUGGGUAUCAAGUGCGCGACCAUCACGCCAGAUGAGAAGCGUGUGGAGGAGUUCAAGCUUAAACAGAUGUGGCGCUCACCAAACGGGACUAUACGCAAUAUCCUCGAGGGCACAGUGUUCAGAGAGGCCAUCAUCUGUAAGAACAUCCCUCGCCUGGUGACUGGAUGGGUCAAACCUAUCAUCAUUGGCAGACAUGCUCAUGGAGACCAGUACAAAGCCACGGAUUUUGUGGUUCCAGGCCCUGGGAAGGUAGAGAUGACCUACACGCCCACGAAUGGACUGCCAGUCACGUUUGUUGUCCAUGAGUUUGAGGGCUCAGGUGGUGUAGCACUGGGAAUGUACAAUACGGAUAAGUCCAUCAGGGACUUUGCCCACAGCUCCUUCCAGAUGGCUCUGUCCAAAAGCUGGCCUCUCUACCUCAGCACCAAGAACACCAUCCUAAAGAAGUACGACGGCCGAUUCAAAGACCUCUUCCAGGAGAUCUACGAGAAAGAAUAUCAUGCUCAGUUUGAGGUCCAGGGUAUCUGGUAUGAGCACCGUUUAAUAGACGACAUGGUGGCCCAGGCCAUGAAGUCUGAGGGAGGGUUCAUCUGGGCCUGCAAGAACUAUGACGGAGACGUGCAGUCCGACUCUGUGGCCCAAGGCUACGGCUCCCUGGGCUUGAUGACCAGUGUGCUGGUGUGUCCUGAUGGCAGGACUGUGGAGGCAGAAGCUGCACAUGGCACAGUGACCCGUCACUACAGACAGCAUCAACAAGGAAAGGAAACAUCCACCAACCCCAUAGCCUCCAUCUUUGCGUGGACGCGCGGACUGCUGCACCGGGCAAAGUUGGACAACAACGCUGAGCUGCGAGUCUUCGCUGAAGCUCUGGAGGCGGUUUGCAUUGAGACCAUUGAAGCUGGUUUCAUGACCAAGGACUUGGCUAUCUGCAUUAAAGGACUGCCAAAUGUGACACGUGCUGAUUACUUGAACACAUUUGAAUUCUUGGACAAGCUGGCAGAGAACCUGAAGAUGAAGCUCGCCAACCAGCCAAAGCUGUGAUCUCACCGCCUUGCGUCCACAGACAAGCACUUGUACCCACAGACCAACCCACCAGGACUACACAGACCACAGAGUCCAGGA